UCUCUCUUUUACCUCACUUCCUACAUAAAAGUCAAAGAAGAGUCAAAUUCUCUCCUGUUGUGAGCGGCGAAGAAGAGAACGCAGCGGAGGCAACAAUCUGCUGAGGAAGAUGAUCAUCCCCGUCCGUUGUUUCACCUGUGGAAAGGUCAUCGGAAACAAAUGGGAUCCCUAUCUGGAUCUUCUGCAGUCUGAUUACAGUGAAGGAGAUGCAUUGGAUGCUUUGGGUCUAGUUCGAUAUUGUUGUAGGCGCAUGCUUAUGACCCAUGUUGACCUCAUCGAGAAGCUGCUGAAUUACAACACUCUGGACAAGUCUGAUACCAGUUAAGAAGACUCAAGGAAUCAUAUGUGACUGAAGAUGUGUCAGUUGCACUGCAUGUCAAUUACAUACCCUUUAAAUUGUUUUGCAUCAAGUAGGUCUAGUUUGUGUGCUGUGUCAAUUUUGGUUGUUGUCCGGUCAUGAGACAGGCUAUGAAUGAUAUGGUGAAGCUCAUGUUUAUUUCUUUUUUAAGUUUAGUUAGGGUGAUGCAAAACUGUCUUUUGGUAUUGAUGAUGUAUACACUGAUAUGAAAGACCAAAUUGUAGAAGACUGUGGCUGGUAUCUAUAAAAUCUAACUGUUUAUGAA